AUGACGCCUCCAGGAUCACCCGUUCCACCCUCGCCGAAACGCCGCCGACUUCCUACAUCCUCCCGCGCAACAAGCAGCACACAGACACCAUCGACACUCGGCAAUGUCUCGAACGACAUACUCUUUGAUAUCCUCUCCAGAGUGCCGGUGAAGUCUGCGUGCCGACUCCGGUGUGUCUCCAGCGAGUGGUGCACCCUCAUCUCCAAGCCAGACUUUCUGGCCGCGCACAGGUCCCGCGCCCGCCACGUUGAGCCUCUCGUUGCCGUUUUCUCCUUCCACCAAGAGCCUAGCAAACUAGGCGCCGACCUACGGCUUUUGGACACGGAUGGCAAUGUUGUGCGCGAGAUCAAGAUCAAGGAUGGAGGUGGAUCGAGGAAAAUCAUCGGUCCAGACCUCAUCUGCGUUGCAGACGGUCAUUAUUCCGGCGCGUGCGUGGUCGACCCAACCACCGGAGAAGUGCUCUGGACCCGCUCGAGGUUCAGGGUGUCACCAAGUCCGCCACAUUUGUGGAGGGACAUUAACAGAAACCCCAAAUUAACCUUUGGCUUUGGCCGCGCUAUCCCAUCCGGUGAGUACAAGCUGGUCUGCCUCGUGGACAGCAAGAGCUGCCAGGUCCUUAAUGUAAGAGAUGGGGUCGGGUGGACAAAUGCACCGCCGCCGCCAACCCGUGUCCGGUAUGGCUGGAAUAGUAUGGCUGUUGCGAAUGGUAUCUUGCACGUCUUGGCGUCACACGACAUAGACCUGAACAUCAUACAUUGCUUUGACCUUGAGAGCGAGAAUUGGAAGAAGACAAUUGAAGGCCCAGAAAAAGUAGUCGGUCACCAAUUGUGGAAGAAAACAACAACGGCGGUCGGUAUAGCCGAGCUCAAGGGGUCCGUUUGCAUAGCCCAGGCAGAGGCCCAAGUCACCAACAUAUGGCUUCUAACUGAUUCUGACAACUGGGUCAAGACUUACACAAUACCGAUGGCUCCAAAAACCUAUUUGUAUAUGCCUUUGGGGAUGACGCCUGAUGGAGGAAAGCUGCUCUUCCGAUGUUCUUCUUAUUACACACCAGCAGAGGUCGUACGAAUCUAUGAUCUUUCCACCAACACGUGCAAGGAUGUCACCAAGACAUCAGCCACCCGUGGCCAUAGAAGUAGAUUAAGUCUUUGCAACUUACACUUGGAUAGUUUUAUCUCGGCAAGGAUGCCAUAG